GAAUUAUAUAAAAUCAGCUUUCGUUGGAUGUAGGGCUUCUUUUUAAAGUUGAAAUCCAGGAGGGACGGGGCAUUCUUGAACCUGUCCAGUUAGCCAGCCGGAGAGACGGGGAACAGGAUAGGGAAGCAGGGCGAGGCGGGCCCCGCGGAGCCGGUGGAGAAGAUGGCCGGCAGCCCGGAGAAGAGUUCCACCGCGCAGGAACUGAAGGAGCAGGGGAACCGGCUGUUCCUCUGCCGCAAGUACCAGGAGGCUGCUACAUGCUACAGCAAAGCCAUUAACCGUAAUCCAUCCGUGGCAGUGUACUACACCAACAGGGCUCUCUGCCAUGUGAAGCUGCAGCAGCAUGACAAGGCUCUGGCAGAUUGUAAGCAUGCUCUGGAGCUGGACAGUCAGUCAGUCAAGGCCCACUUCUUCUUGGGACAGUGUCACUUGGAGCUGGAGAACUACGACGAGGCCAUUGGCAACCUGCAGAAAGCUUAUAACCUGGCAAAAGAGCAGAGGCUGAAUUUUGGAGAUGACAUCCCCAGCGCCUUGCGCAUUGCCAAGAAGAAACGCUGGAACAGCAUCGAGGAGAAGCGAAUCAACCAGGAGAACGAGUUACAUGCCUAUUUGACCAAACUCAUAUUGGCUGAAAAGGAAAGAGAACUGGAGGAAUACAAAGAAAAACAGGAUGACAAUCAAAAUGGAGGCGACGCUGGCAAGAUUGCGUCAAAGCAUGACAAGUAUCUAAUGGACAUGGAUGAGCUCUUCUCUCAAGUGGAUGAGAAGAGAAAAAAGCGAGAGAUUCCAGAUUAUCUGUGUGGCAAGAUCAGUUUCGAGCUGAUGAGGGAGCCCUGCAUCACACCCAGUGGAAUCACCUAUGAUCGCAAGGACAUUGAAGAGCACCUACAGCGAGUGGGUCAUUUUGACCCAGUUACCAGGAGUCCCCUGACCCAGGACCAGCUGAUCCCGAACCUGGCCAUGAAGGAAGUGAUUGAUGCCUUUAUCCAGGAGAACGGCUGGGUGGAGGACUACUGAAGGGGGCCUCUUCCCCUCUUCCCAUUUCUCCAUCUUACCCUGAUGACCCUCAACACAAAGCCUGGACAACACAAAGACUUUAGAGAACCGAUCACCCCUUGCCUGGAUAUGUACUUUACACAAGUGGGAAAAAACCACACUAGACUGGACUACCAAACAGGAGCCAUGUAUCUCAGUCUGCCUCUCCUCCCCACAUCUUACCUUUGCUGUGAAACUUCCCGCUCCAAGCGUAAGAGGCUCUGUGUUCAUGGCCCGCUGCUCCCUUUAAGACUCCUCCCUCAUUCUCCUCUGUCCGUACUGUCUCUCUUACGUGCUCUCCUUUUCUGUCGUGCUGUGUCUCCUCCUCCUCCAAGCCUUUCUUUGCUCAAAACAAGGGGCCAAGUUCUCAGGUCUCUCUCCCUUCUCCUCCUCCUCUUUCUCUUUCUCUCUAUCACUAUCUCUUUCUAUCUCUUGAGUGCCACAAAAUCCUAGGAAAGCAUCAGCAUUGCACUCCAGUGUUCGAUAGAUAUACCACCCAUAUAAAACAACAUUUUUGGUGGCAGAAUUCAUUAAGAUAUUAGCCUUUUUAUUUGGCGUUUUCUCCAGUAUUUCUUUGUGAUUUAUUUAUUUAUUUUUUUAAGUAAACAACAUUUGGAGCAUUAGCUGAAGCGGUGACAAAAAAAAUGCCAAAAACCAUACUCUCUCUGAGGGUGACUGGUUUGUAUGCAAGGUUUACAUGAUGAUCACUGAACAAGAGUACAUCCUAAAGCAUGUCAGCUGGCAUGAUUGGAGGGAACCAAGUCCUUGUCCACCUCCAGGCGGCGCUCUAAGCACACCCACUCAUUUCACAAUACUGUAAAAUUCUGAGUAGUUCUUUCUUUUUCUUUGCAUAUCAAUCAACCCCCCACCCCCACCCCCCAACCCAAUGCAGACAAUUGAAAUAAGUUGAAUGUAUGCAUAAUGUACUCUUCAAUUUUCUGUUUGACCUACAGUAAUUCAAAAUGUUUUUUAUCAGGACACUGUAAGAUUUUCAUGAAAUGCGGCCUUGAACUGGAUAUAGAAAAUAUGAAUGGAAAACGGCCGCUACAUACAAAAAAUAGAAAAAAAGAAAAAAAAAGUUUUCACAUUGCUGGAUAUUGAUUCAAAAAAUAUUGAAGUGUUUGAAUUUUCAUAGAUGACUGUCAGCUGUCAAGGUUGAUGCUACAAUGUGCUUUAAAAGAAUGGUCUGUGUGUCGCUCAUAGAAGCAAAUAUGUGCUUGGACAUUGUGCUGUUUGCCUGGAAUGACGGUAGAUGCUUACAUCAAGCAUGAAGUGAAUUGUUUCCUAUUCCUUCUCAAAGGUAAGACAAUGGUUUUUCACACCCUGAUCCUCUUGCUGUUCAUUUUCUACACCUCCUUCUCUUCACAGUGUCACAAUUAUGGAGAAAAUGGUUGCAACAACUAAUGUAAAAGCGAUCGUCAGUGUGAAACUAACUUCAAAGUAGUGGAAUAUCCUCUGACAAGGGUUGAGGUUCACUAGCAUCACCGUACCAACCUCCCCCAUGUUAGAAAUGCUGGAAGAGUUACGACCAUCUUAUCUCAUCCAUACCUCAGUCCCAGUUUUUGGCGUGCUGGCUACCUGGCACCUUCUGUAAAACAUUUUCAGUUCAGUGCUAUUAGUUUACAGCUUUUUUCAGCUGAAUGUGUGUCUGUGGUGAAUUAGGCCUGUUGGUGGUUCGUGUCCAGGUGCAGGCAGUGUAAAUAAUUUGCUUGUGUAUCUCAGAUUUUAUUUCUUGACAAAAUAGGGUUCUUUUUUUUUUUUCUUGAGAAAUCCUAGAGCUUGAGGAACUGUAUUAAAUGUAGAUAUGUUGAUAACAUAAAUGCCUGGUUCAGUUUUCAUUUGUCCCCAUUAAACCAUGAACUUUGAAUUUGUUUUUUGUGAUGUUUGUGACAAUUGAGUGUCAUUGAAGAGACACUCAUGACAUUAAUAGCAUGUCAACUCUGAAUACACAAUACAGUUUCUGGUGA